CCGGGCGGCAGCAGCGGCGGCCGUGGCGGCGGGAGCGGGGGGGGCGGCGGCGCGCACCCGCCACCGCCGCUGCCGCACGCCGGCGACGGGGACUCCGCGCUGGCGCGCUUUAAGCGCGGGGCUGAGAAGGUGCGCUCCCAGCUGCCGCCCGCGGACGCCAACGCCGCCACCGCGCGGGGGCCGGUCAAGUGGAUGCCGCACACGCACGCGAACCCAAGGCACGCCAAGUUCUGCUUCAUCUGCCUGCACGGCAAGCUGGAGGGGGUGAAGCAGCAGGAGGCGGCCGAGGGGGAGAAGGCCAACGGUGCCUCCGCCGACGACCUGCCCUCGCCGCUCGAGAUGCAGCGGCUGGGCUACCUGAGCGGCGGCGGCCCUGGCGCCCGCUUCGUCCGGGCGCUGGCGGGCUUCGAGCGCGGGAACGUCGUGGCCCUCUGGAUGCGGAGCGUGCAGGACCGCCUGUACGACGGCCUCGUCCGGCCCAUGCUCCAGGAGCACAACGUCCAGCUGUGCCUGGGGAGCAGUGCAGGCCUGACCUUCCACGGCGAGGAGGAGAGGGACCGGGACGUCCUCGAGGGCAUCUUCUCCGCCACGGAGAGCGAGAAGGCCGACCUGCAGUCUCGCCUGGAGCAGCUGGGACUCUGGUGCGUGUCGAAGGAAGCGGGCCUGCUGGACGUGGUGCCGGAGCCCGCACCUCGGCGGCCCCUGCCCAAGGUGGACACGCCCAGCAAGGGCCAGAUAGAGAUGAUGCGCUACCGCCCGCUGCUGGACACAGACAUGCUCAAGGGCAUAUCCGGCAAAGCUGUCCGCGAGACCGCGCGGGACGCGGACGCUGUUGCCUCGGGCACCCUCCUCCCGUCCACUCGAUUUCCCCCCCCCCGUCCAUUUCCUGGCUCCUCGAUCCUCGCUGUUGGCCCCUGCCUGCUCGCUCCUCCCUCCCCGCCCC